AGCUGAGUGUGGAUGGAGGGAUACACAUUACCACUGAGAGAGAGAGAGAGAGAGGUUGUGUACUAAUCCUGUUCUCCUUGUUUGAGUCGAGUCCUGCACCAUGUGUGUGUGUGUGUGAUGUGUGAUACUUCCACCUCUCCCUGGAGCUAUUUUAGGAAAUAUUUGAGAUUUUGGUGCUGAGUGAGCGUAAUGUACGGUUUAGCAUGUCGUCCUGGAGCGAUGUGGACCGUCUGAGGUAAUGAUACCUGGAGUUAGUGAAAUUUUCAUCUUAAUUGUCCUAUCCAGCGGAAAACACACACUUGGGCUCAGGUGUGUCCAGGAUUGCUCUUUGCUUUUUGCUGUGAAAUUUUGUAAAAAUGGCCGACCCUUAUCAGAACACCUAUCACCACGGUAACGGCUACCAGGCCGAAUACCAAGAGGAUGAAGACGCGGCGAGUGACGUCACCGAGGGUCACGAUGAGGACGACCAGAUGUACGAGGGCGAGUACCAGGGCAUCCCGCACCCGGAUGAGGUCAAAGCGGCUAGGUCAAAGGUCAAACUCCGUGCAGAUCCGGAUGAAGACGACGGCCUGGCGGAGCAGUACGAGGAGAUCAUCGAGGACUGCGGACACGGACGCUUCCAGUGGAGUCUGUUCGUGGUGCUGGGCUUGGCGCUGAUGGCCGACAGCGUUGAGUGUUUCGUUGUGGCGUUGGCGCUUCCCAGCGCUGAAAAGGACAUGUGCAUGUCUAAUGCAGAGAAAGGCAUGCUGGGUCUGAUCGUUUUCCUGGGAAUGAUGUUGGGAGCGUUCAUUUGGGGAGGAAUGGCUGAUAAAGUGGGACGACGGAAAUGUCUGAUCAUCGCUCUGACCAUCAACUGCAUUGCUGCCUUCCUCUCGUCCUUCUCUCAGGGAUAUGGGUUCUUCAUCUUCUUCAGACUCAUCUCUGGCUUCGGUAUUGGUGGCUCCGUCCCGAUUGUGUACUCGUACUUCUCAGAGUUUCUGCAGAUGGAUAAGAGAGGAGAGCAUCUCAGCUGGCUCUGUAUGUUCUGGAUGAUUGGUGGAAUUUAUGCUUCGUUCACUGCCUGGGCCAUCAUCCCUCACUAUGGAUGGGGUUUCAGCAUGGGUUCAGAGUUUCAGUUCCACAGCUGGCGUGUGUUCGUGCUGGUCUGUGCUCUGCCGGCCGUCGCCGCUCUCAUCGGCCUCACCUUCAUGCCCGAGAGUCCACGCUUCCUGCUGGAGCAUGCUAAACACGAUGAGGCCUGGAUGAUCCUGAAGCAUGUUCACGACACUAACUGGAGAGUGAAAGGAGAACCGGAGCGAGUGUUCACUGUUUCUCAGAUCAAGACUCCGAAGACGCAGGAGGACGAGUUUUUUGAGAUUCAGACCUCCACAGGAACGCCUCUGCAGAGAUGGGCGGUUCGCACCCUGACUCUAAUCAAACUGGUGUUGAAGAAUGUCGCGUCGCUCUUAGCUCAUGAUCUGAGACUUGCGACUCUGCUCAUGGCUGUUAUUUGGUUCACGAUGGCCUUCAGUUACUACGGAUUAGCCGUGUGGUUCCCGGACAUGAUCAAGCACCUCCAGUACGAGGAGUACGAGUCCAAGGUGAAGAAUUUCCCCGGAGAGAGAAUCGAAAACUUCCACUUCAACUUCUCUCUGGAGAACCAGAUCCACCGAGACGGGAAAUACAUCAACGACAAGUUCAUCAGCAUCAAGAUGAAGUCAGUGACGUUUGAGGACUCGCUCUUCGAGCACUGUUAUUUCAAAGACAUCAGAUCUUCAGACACGUAUUUUAAAAACUGCACCUUUAGAUUCACCACCUUCUACAACACGGAUCUGUACAAGGAGAACUUCAUCGACUGCACGAUGGACAACACCACCUUCCUGCAGCCAAAAAAGGGCUGCCAUCUGAACCUGGAGGAGGAGAACGAUGUCCUCAUUUACCUGGUCAGCUUUCUGGGAAGUCUGGCUGUGCUUCCUGGGAAUAUCAUAUCAGCCAUGUUCAUGGACAAGAUCGGGAGAAUUAAAAUGAUCGGAGGCUCCAUGCUCAUCUCCGCCGGCUGCACCUUCUUCCUGUUUCUAAGCUUCAGUCAGGCAGCCAUCAUCGCCCUGCAGUGUCUGUUCUGUGGCGUCAGCGUGGCGGCGUGGAACGGCAUCGAGGUCGUCACCGUGGAACUUUACCCCGCCUCUAAAAGAGCCACGGCAUUCGGUGUCUUGAAUGCAUUGUGUAAACUGGCGGCCAUCUUGGGCAGUUCCAUCUUUUCCUCAUUUGUGGGGGUCACUACAGUCAUCCCCAUCCUCCUGUCCUGCGCUGCACUGCUGUGUGGAGGACUGCUGGCUCUCAAACUGCCCGAAACCAGAGAGAAAGUUCUGCUGUGAUGAGAGAAUAACACACACACACACAUCCACACACACAUAGUCUGAAACACUAGUUGACACAAUAUUCAAAUUUAUUAUCAGUAAAAUCACCAAUAAAAAGUGUUUGUAGAGAUGAACCCAGAAAUAAUAAUCAAUAAACAUCUUCACCGUAUAUUACAUCACAUAGCCUCAAAUUAAGCCUCAAACCAAUUAUUCACACUUUUACUAAACAAUAACAUACCUGUAGGGAUGAUUUGGUUUUUUUCACUGCACAAAGACCUGAAAGUUUUGGCAGCAGAAAGUAAAUGCAAGGUCUCAGGGGGUGGGGCUAACAGCACUGUUUGUAUCUGAUUGGAUAAGCUCAGUAAUUGAUUUGUUAUUAUUAUUAUUAUUAUUAUUAUUAUUAUUAUUAUUAUUAUUAUUAUUAUUAUUAUUAUGUCUCUUUUUUGCAAUUAUUCUACCAUAUAAUAUAAAAAAAACCUCAUAUAUCAGUGUUAAUAAAAUUGUUUUAAAAUUAUGUGUAAUAAACAACAGGAAUAAUAUUCUAAUUUAAUUUAUUUGUCCCAAAAUUAAUCAUCAUCCAAAAUGUUCAUGCUGUUCAUGCAACUCAGAUGAGUAAAAAUAUUUCACAGCAUUUUUUUUAACCUUGAACUAAACGACCAAUCAGAGAACAGAACAGCGUAACCCCGAGUCCUUCUGUCACGCUCUCGUGUCAGAAUGAGGAUGCGGACGAUUUUAUAGUCGCCAUGGUGACCGUGUAAGUGUUCUCUCAAACGGAACCAGGGACCAUGUGUUUGUUAAACCUGCAGUGAAAAAAAAACACACCAGAGACUAGACGAGAGACUAGGAUUCACUUAAAAUCAGAGUAAUGACAUCAGCCAGCUUCACUCUCACCUGCUGUGGACUCGGAGCCUCCUGAGUCAAUGAAAAACUCCAGAGUUCAGGAAUCUCGGAAGACAUUUCUGUUUCACUUCCAUUUAUUCCAUGUGCACAAUCCAGAUUAUUUCUUUCAGAAUCUGAACUCUUGUCAUCCUGAUGUUCUUUUGAUUUAAGGCUGAAUGUUUGUGGUAUGAUGAGGAGCGUCUGCUUUGUGUUCGUCCUCUAUCAACUCUGUGAACGCCGCAUGUCUCUAUUUUGUUGGAUGGAGUCUUGUCUCCGCCCCUUUCCUGCCAUUGGUUAGGCUCCAGAAGAUUGUCCGAUCAUAGAUUAUGCUGUUAUAAUGUUUCACAUCUGCUUCCUGUUUCCACUCACUGAGUUUGAACAGCGCCACUUGCAGUCCUGAAGAACUCAUACAUGAUAACAGAUAUGAACCUUCAGGGUUUUGCGUGAGCUUGUUGUAGGCUCAUGAUGUCACCUCCACAGGAAGCAUGCUGAGAACUUAACCUGUGGACAAACUACGCAAAAUAUACUCUGGUUUUUUUUUAGUAAAAUUAAUGUAUUUUUGUGGAGAAAUGGACUUUUCCAUAUUUUCCGUAGCUAGCUAUGUCGUUUGUGCGAUCAUAUUGCACUAGCCAGGGGCGAGAAGUGUAUAGCCAUGGCAACUGCUAGUAAGGUGACCAGUGCAGAACGAAUUGAGUGGGAAUGAGGUAAAAGAUGGCUGUCAGUGUGAACACAUGGUGAAGCUCGAGACUCAUCACAUCCCCAAGACAUUUGGAAGUCAUGUGCUGAGAGUAAAAGAGAAUUGUUAAACUCAUGAUCGCAGGCUGGAUUUGGUUUGAAUGCUCGUUUUCUUAAAUGUGUGCUAACUGUUAGCGAGGAGCUGCAUGUUUGUUGCCGCCGUCAUUGUCUGUUUUUUUAGUGUUGUUAAAGACCAAGCAAACGGUGCGAAUGGCUUGAUGUGUGUUUCUUGUCGCUGUAAAUAAAACUCAGACGGACAUACGGCGCUGUACAGAGUGUGUGUGAAGCUUGAACGUCUCGUAUCAUCAGGCCUGGACUUUAAAGCAAGUUUAGGCCAGAAAUUAAAUGUAGUUUGCAUGACGCUAAGUUGGAGGCUCUAAACUUCCAUUACUUGCUACAUUAGCAUUAGCUCCUGAAGCUACUAAGGAACAUCACACACCGAACCCAUCACAACUAAUUGGGUACAUUUAAAACAGGAGGGAUGCUAAUUUAAGCUAACUUUGUUGUGUAUUCAUAAGAUUUGCUGCUAUGACACAUGGAAUGCUAUAAAAACAUUUUUAGGUCAAACUGAUCACCAUCAACUGAUUUAUGAUUUAUAACCAAAUCUGCACUGUACUCUUAAAGGAACAGAUAGAACAGAAAUGCUAAUGCUAACAGUGACUGACAGUGAACAGCUUAGCAUGUUCAUUUGACGAUAAAAACAAUGAAACUCUCUUCAACAUUUACACUCAUCACCUUUUCCCUGUCCAUUUUUCUGGAUCAUUUUUUGGGAAUUGAAUCGUCUGUACUAAAUGUUACAACAACCUUCUGCUACACCUUUAGCUAUUUUAGCACAGCACUAGCACAUAGAAGACCCUGACACAUACUAACACGUCACUCACUCAGGCGUUUAUUUAAGGUUUGGAGUGUUUACACCGUUUUAUUCUCAGUGUGUGAGGGGAGUGUUCAGUGUUUCCGUGUCCUCCGUAUUUCAGGCUGCAUUUAUAUAAAGCACUAAUCUCCUAUGCUAAUCACUAAUUAGCAUGAUUAGCUGUUCUACAACAGAGCAACACACACCACAGUUUUAAACACAUUAGCGUUAUGAAAGGUCAUAAUCUGACCGAAGCUUUAACACUAAAACAAAAAUCUAAAUAUUAUAAAUCAGGCUUUAAAUCUCACAGGUUUCUGCGGCGCUGUUUGAUUAUCGAUAUAAAUGAUUAUUUAAUAUCUUAAAAAAACAGUGAUCUGGAUAAAUCAGUUGUAAAGGAACUGGUGUGUGAAUAAUAACGUGUUUUAUAGCGUGUGAAAACGUGUGUUUUGUUAUCUUUGUGUCCGUGUCAUUGUGUAAAGAAAAGCCAUAACUAUCUGCUUGUCUUGUCUCUUUCAGUUUUUGUGUCAAACUGGAAUGUUCAUUAUUUAAAUGUUAAAUCUGUUUUGUUUGAUUUUGUGAGUAUAAAAUAAAUGAAAUAAAUUUAUUCACA